UACGUGGAGGAUGCUGGGCUUGAUGUUUCUGUGCAGAGGAGGGUGAAUGGGACAAUGUCCAGUAAAGAAAUAAAAUCCAUUUUGAAAAAUGCAAGAGAAGCUAUUAGAAAUAAAGAGUAUAAGGAGGCACUGAAACAUUGCAAGGCUGUUUUGAAACAAGACAAAAAUAACUACAAUGCUUGGGUUUUUAUCGGAGUUGCUGCAACAGAGUUGGAUCAGCCCGAACAAGCAAAGACUGCAUAUAAAAAAGCUACAGAACUUGAGCCUGACCAACUGUUAGCAUGGCAGGGUUUACAGAAUUUGUGUGAGAAAAAUAAUACAUCUGAUAACAGACAUGAGCUCUUGGGAGUUUAUCAGAAGCUAAUAGAACUGCUUGAAAGUUCUGAUAAACAAAAAUGGUAUGAGGUCAGCUUAAAAUUAAUCGAUCUCUAUCAUCAAGAGGAAAAAUACUCAGAGGCUGCUAAAACAUGGAAUCGAUUAAUACAGCUAAAACAACAAGAUGGAGCUGAGAAGCAAGAACUUCAUCAAUUGUGGAGGAAGAUGAUCCAGUUACUUGUUGGCAAUAUAGAGAGUCAAGAUAACGAGACUCAACAAUUGUUGAUCACUGCAUUUGAAAAUGCCCUUUCAUCCCUGGACAAGAUUCCGAGUGACAAUCAUCAGCAGCUUUCUACUGACUACAUUAAAUUUCUAUCAACAUUGCCACAUGGAGGAGAUAAGCUAAAACUAACUUGUGAGGCAUUGAUAGCUCAGUAUCCUAAUUCGUCAUCUUCACUGGAAGUACUGUGCAUGUAUUUCAUCCAAACAGAGUGCUUCAGUGAAGAGGCUCUACAGUGUUAUACAAGGCUUAGUGAGAUGGAACCUGCAAAUGGACUCGGGCUUAUUGGGCUUGGAAUCAAAGAAAUGCAAGAACAAAAAUAUGAAGAAGCUGCAAAAUACCUGAGCGAAGGCUUAAAGCACGCACGGUCGACAAUUGUAGCCUGGCUUUAUCUAGCAGAAAUCCAGCUCCGGAUGCACAAGUAUGAAGAAGCAAUUGACACUUGCAGACAAGGUGUGAGAUGGUUGGAAAUGAAUAUCCAUAAUGGAAACAGUCAUCAAAAGCCCAAACUUCUUCAUUUGCAAGUAGAAGCUCUGGUCAGGUCUGGUGACCCAAAUCAUGCAGAUCUCGCCUUUGGUAUCUUUGAGCAGUUUCCCAAUAAUGAACCUGUGCUACUUGGCAUGAAAGGUCAAGCUUAUUUGAACAAAGGUCUGAUGGAAGAAGCAUCUCAGAUUUCAACAGAUCUUACUAGAUCUCAUCCUGACAUGUCCGAGUCAUGGAAACUACAAGGACUCAUUGAAUAUACUCUGAAAAAUUAUAUGCAGGCGGAACAAAGUUUCCGGAAAGCUCUGAAAAUCAAAGCAGACUGUGGAGAUUAUUACUUCUACCUUGGACUGACUUUCUGGUUCAUGGGAGAGGAGACGAGAAAAGAUAAAACUAAAACUGCUACACAUUUAUUAAAGGCUGCUAAGUUGGACCCAUACAAUGGAAAAAUAUUUCGCUAUUUGGGCCACUACUAUCAAGACGUAGUCAAAGAUAAAAGCAGAGCCCGAGGCUGCUAUAAAAAAGCCUUCGACCUCAACAACCGUGAUGAAGAAGCAGGCGCUGCAGCUGUUGAUCUUAGUGUUGAACUUGAAGAUAUGGAAACCGCUCUUACAGUUCUGAGAAUAGUGACUGAUCAGUCGAGUGCUGGGACCGCAAAAUGGGCUUGGCUCAGACGAGGACUUUAUUACCUGAGAGUCAACCAGUAUUCACAAGCUAUUGCAGACUUGCAAGCAGCUUUGAGAGCAGACCCAAAAGAUGCCAAUUGCUGGGAAUGUUUAGGAGAGGCUUAUCUCAGCCGAGGAGGUUAUACAGCUGCUUUAAAAGCCUUCACAAAAGCCAAUGAACUCAAUCCAAAUGCUGUCUACAACAUUUACAAGAUAGCAGCCAUCAAACAGAUCAUUGGCAAGUAUGCUGAUGCAGUUACAGAGUAUAAACAAAUAGUUCAAAAUUCGGAAAACUAUGUGCCAGCCCUCAAAGGAUUAGGUGAAUGCUAUUUAAUGAUGUCCCGAAGUGCCCUCAGCGAUUUCUUGGAUGGACAAGCCUUGGAUGCAGCUGAACAGGCGCUACAGUACUUAGCUGGAGCUGUGAGGUAUCGACCCGAUGUGUCUUGCCUAUGGAAACUAAUUGGAGACACGUGUACCACACUCCAUGUCCUGUCAGCAGCAAAGCUUCAUGUUCAAGUCCCUUUAGUUCUCUUUGGACAGGGUGAAAUUUCUAAUUUGCAAACAUUAAACAAAAAUGAAGUUCUUCACCUAGGAGGAAGGUGCUAUGUGCGAGCCCUUACGUUGAACUCUACAUGUGCCAGUGUGUGGUGUGACCUUGGUGUGAAUUAUUACCGACAGGCACAAUACCUAGCCAGUAUAGGAGAAGAAAAUACAGUGCAUGAGUUGCUGGAAAAAUCACUACAGUGCCUUAAAAAGUCUGUGAUGAUGAACAGCAAAAGUCAUCAAUACUGGAAUGCACUUGGAGUUGUUGCCAGUCACAAAGGUAUUGAAAAUUAUGCUCUCGCACAGCAUGCAUUUAUUAAGUCUGUUCAGGUUGAACAAAAUAAUGUGGUGGCAUGGACCAACCUGGGGGCAACUUAUCUGAAGAAUGAAAACAUUGAGCUUGCCCAUGAAGCCUUUAAAGUAGCCCAGUCUUUGGAACCCUCAUAUGUUAUGUGCUGGAUCGGACAGGCACUUAUAGCAGAAGCUGUCGGCAGCUAUGAGACAAUGGACUUGUUCAGACAUACAACUGAGCUUGGUGUCAAUACUGAAGGAGCUAAAGGUUAUGCACAUUGGGUUUGCACAACACUGCAGGAUAAAUCAAACAGAAAUUCCGAACUGUACAAAUACAACAUUGUACAGAUGAAUGCAAUAACUGCUGCGCAAGUUGUCAUGAGCAAGUAUACAGAGAGAAUUCAGAUUGAUCCAGUAGCUUUCACAAUGUUGGGUUACUUGAAUGAAUAUCUAAGCCUGAAGAGACAAGCAGCGGAGGCAUAUCGCAGAGCAGUUGUGCUGUUACAAAAUACAGAAGACAACGAGAAACUUCCAUUCGCUCAAAGAAAUUGGGCUCGAGCCUUAUGUGUUGCAGGUCACUAUCAGGAAUCCAUCCAGGUUUAUAAGUCGAAUCCGCUCAUGGAGCUUGAUGACAUUAUUGGACUUGCCUUAGCUUAUUUCAAGAAAGGACAACUUCAGGAGAGUGCCAAAGCUUAUGAAAAGGCUUUAAGUAUUGUCCACACAGAGAAAGAGAAGGCUCAGAUACUGAUUGCACUGGCCAUGAUUGAGUUCAAAUGCAACAGAAUGGACAACGCUAAGACUUUACUUUUCAAGUGCUCCAUGUUGAAAGAGCCCAGUAUAGAAAGUCUGCAGGCACUGUGUGCUUUGGGACUCUUGAAGAAGGACACCACCCUAACUACAGCAGCACUGAAUGAACUACUCAAACACUGUGAUAAGAACAGUUCCACUUAUGAAACCUGCCUUCUGUCUUCAGGAAUGUUUUCUUUGCAAGAUAACAGUUUAGCUGUACAGAGACAGGCGGCAAAAGCUGUUCAUAGCAAUCCAGCUGAUCCUGCCCUUUGGACAUUAUUGUCCAGGAUCAUUCCUCAACACACUCCCCAAAAGGCAGAUGGUGGGGUCGUGACAGGUAUUGUCGCACAGAUCCUAAGUUCUCAUCAUUCAAAGAGUGCUGUGUUGUUCAGUGCUGUUAACCAGUUAGCAGCAGGAAAACAUGCUGCAAUUGAUAAAAAGGAUAAUGCAUUAAAGACCAUUCAAAAGGCAAUUCAUCUGUAUCCAGAUGAUCCCACUGUGUGGGCCAGUUUAAUGGCAGCAUGCCACAUGGAGAAAACAUUAUCUCAUCUGAGUGGUACAACACCUAAACUGACUGCAAAUGAGGAGCUGUUCAUUACAGCAAUCUCUACAAAAAUAAAAACAAAUAAGACCAUGCCAACAUUCUAUCUUCAAUCCCUGGAGAACUGGUCUCUGCAACAGGCUGCAACUGGGCUCAAAGAAAUGGGCAGGCAUUGUGAUGCGGAAGCCUUCUGCACUAAGGUACUUAAGAGCCACCCAGACCAUCCUGCAGUGUUCCUCGUGUUGAGACAAGUUCAGUGCGAGCAACUCUUGCUUUCCCCCCAGCAGCUUCCAGAGACAGUUUUAGAAGAGCUAAAGAAGGCAGUGAUGUCAAACUUCACAUCAGUAACAGCUUGGCAUUGGUUGGCAGAAAUAUAUAAAUCUCAGGGUUUGAUGGGAGCUGCGGAGAUGUGCUACAGGCAAGGAUUGCAGCUGUCUUCCCAACAAGGUGAUGUGAGUGGCAAGUUGUCAAGUCUGCUCCGGUUAGCACUGCUCGCUCUUCAGCUCAGCACGUUAAAACUUCAGAACAAUCGAUGGACAUCCCUGGUGAAGGAAGCAGCUGGUGAAUGUCAGAAGAUCUGCUUCUGCCCUCUUGCUGCUCUGUUUCAAGCUCUUCUGCAAUUUACACUGAAAAUGGGAGCAAGGGAGACCCGACGGCUGCUGGAGAGAGUCGUAUAUCAGCCAGGUUAUUCUGAAAGCAUUGCAUCAGUUGCACGCUGGUACCUCCUCCGACAUCUGUGGGCCAAAAAUGAUGACACACUUAUUACGGUUUUACUUCAGAAUGCACAACUGAAAGGGGAUUCCAGAGUCGAAGAACUGUACCAGAAACUUAAUGAGUCUUCAUAAUCAUUAAAUUGGAACAAAGAUCUGACCAUGAAUGUGUGAACAGUAAACUGUAACACGGGGGCUGUGGCUUUUGGCUGCUAACAUUACUUGGAUGUCUGAUGUUCUAACUGCAGUACCUAUGGCUGGCUGACUUUUCCUGAAGCAAUACCCCUCCCUUUGCUCAGUGCACCUUGGAUGUCUAUGUAAAAAAAAUCAUGUAUCAUCUGGAUCAAUACUUUCUCUUCUAUGCAAUCAUUGUAUUGUCCUGUGUUUUACAUUUGAAUAUUUUUCAUGGUCAAGGAGUAUGCCAAUUUUUUUAUUUGAAGAUUAUUAUAACUUGACAAUGAAGGUGUAAUGUGUGAUUACAGUGAAACAAUCAUGUUUGACCAUUUGCUGCACAGUUCAUUACAGCAUAGCAAGCUAUGCAUUCAUUACUUCCUACUGAAAGUUACAAUUAAAACUUCUAUUUAACUUCA